AUGACCGGCAACUUGGAUAGCCCUAACUCUAAUGGCCAUUUGGUGAUCUUCGAGGACCUGCCGUGCCAGUACUUAACAAAUUCAAAGAGUCAUGAGGUCAAAGAAGAUUUCGUAGAUGCUUUGAGUUCCAGAGAAGCAAUCGCAAACCAUCAAUCUAAACUUGAGCCAAUGAAUGAUGAUCUAUGCAAAGCUGUGAGCUUUUAUGUAAAUUUUAUACCUUCUUACAACUGCUUUUGCCAAAACUUUUACACGAUAAAAGCUCCAGCUACCAGUCCACAAAAUCUGAUCAAACAUAUUGCCAUGAUUACGAGCCUCCUUUUGUUCACCAUCAAGCUGUUCAUCCUCUUCAUAUAA